GCACGGCGCCACCCCCAGAGGUGCUACGGCGCAGGCGCGGGCCGGGAGCGGAAGCGGAAGUACUGACGCGUCGGGCGCGCCGGGGCGACGGCAGCUAUGCGUCGCUUGGAGGAACCGGGGCGUCGCCCCGCAGCGACCCCGUGCGGGUGCGCGAAGCCGACCUUGGAGACAGGGAAUCUUUUAACUGAGCCAAUAGGCUACUUGGAUUCCUGUUUCUCAGUCAAGAAUGGAACUCCACGGCAGCCAUCCAUUUGUUCCUAUUCACGGGCCAGUUUGAGGAUUAGAAAGAGCAUCUUUAAUAAUCCUGAACAUUCCUUGAUGGGCUUAGAACAUUUUUCUCAUGUUUGGAUUUUGUUUGUUUUUCACAAAAAUGGUCAUUUGAGCUAUAAGGCUAAAGUGCAGCCCCCUCGGUUGAAUGGUGCGAAGACUGGAGUGUUUUCUACAAGGAGCCCUCAUCGCCCCAAUGCAAUAGGACUGACCCUGGCCAAGCUGGAAAAGGUAGAAGAAUUUGUUCACCUUCUAGGUGGAGUUAUAUAUCUGUCUGGAAUCGACAUGAUACACGGCACACCAGUACUAGACAUAAAGCCCUACAUAGCAGAUUAUGACUCACCACAAAAUUUGAUGGAAUCUUUAGGGGACCUUAAUAUGCAGAAUGACCAACAUAAACCCAAAACUGUGUGCCAGUCUGAUGGUAAGACUAAUGGCUGUGACCAGCAACAGCUGUCAGGAUACAGUACACCGCAGCUGUACCAGAGCACAAAGGAGAAACCUAAAUGUUCUGGAGACAGAGCUUCAGAAGAAAGCUCCCUGAGGCACAGUGAUGCAGCCAAAGACCAGCAGUGUUUGCCUCAGUGCGGAGAAAGAGCAGUGGAUCUUAGUGUGGAGCCAAAAAGCCAUCAGAGUCCGAAUGUGGCAGACAAGCAUACGGGCCCACAGGGCCUGGAGAAGACCCUUCAAGAAGAAGAUACAGACAAGAGGCCAAGGAGCGAGGAAGGAGCACCACUUGUGCAAGGAAACAGUGUGGGGAUGCAGCUCAGGCCUCGCCCCUCCCCAGCCAGGACCAGGACAGCUGACAGCACUGCUCCUGCCUGGGUGAGAGAGGCACCCACGGCCCCUUUACAAGUCCGGUUUACUCCUCAUGCAGAGGUGGACCUCCGGCAGCUCAGCUCAGCAGAUGCUGGCCAGCCGUCCUUUAGGUAUUUUCAAUCAGCAGAGGAGGCAAAGUGUGCCAUCGAGGCUGUGUUGUCUGCUGAUCCCCGCUCCGUGUACCGGCGAAAGCUCUGCCAGGAUCGCCUUUUCUACUUUACUGUGGACAUAGCGCACAUCACCUGUUGGUUUGACGAUGGCUUUGCAGAAGUUCUCAAGAUCAAGCUGGCCUCUGAGCCUGUGCAUACAAUGGACUUCAAGGAUCCUUGAUGUCUCUGGAAUCUUAAGGUGCUUCCAUCAUGUCUUUGAAAGAGUCUCAUUGUCCUCUGGAUAUUUUCUUCACAAAUUUUGUGUCUUCUUUGUAGAAGGAAGCAAUGUUUUAUAAUUUCACUGCACUGACUGGUGGAUGU